AUUGAGUUGAGCCGCUUGGAAUUGAUAUUUGUUUGAUAUAUUCCAAUUUUUCACUGAACUGUGCAUAUUAUCGUCACUGAAAUGCCUCAGAGAAAUAAGUAUAAUCCAGGCAGCUGGAGAAAGAUAAGAUAAGGGAAUGAGUCGGUGAUAAAAGUAUAGAUUCAUUACAACUGAGAGGUUAUGUUGCAAGUGAGAAUCAACGGGUAUUCUUGUAUAGCCAAGCUCGUUGAUCAGCAUGAGGCAGUUGCUUCUGUGGGUGGGGCACACCUGUAACCGUCUUCGAAUCCUGCCACAGAAGAGAUUCAGCUCCUCUGCUGCCUCAACACCAAAAAUAUGCAUCGUUGGAAGUGGACCUGCAAGUUUUUAUGCCGCACAGCACCUUAUUAAGACGCUUCCACGCGCAGAAGUUGAUAUUUACGAGCAGCUGCCAGUCCCGUUCGGUCUUGUUCGCUUUGGCGUGGCACCCGAUCACCCCGAAGUGAAGAAUGUGAUGAACACAUUUACCAAGACAGCAAAAAGUCCUCAGCUAAGAUUUAUAGGGAAUGUGACGCUGGGUCGUGACUUGUCACUGCGGGAACUCCGAGAUGCAUAUCAUGCUGUUUUGUUGGCAUACGGUGCAGACGAGGAUCAAGAACUGGGGGUAAACGGUGAGAAGCUUAGUAACGUGCUCUCGGCCCGCAGGUUUGUGGGCUGGUACAAUGGAUUGCCACGUGACACGGACCUUCCUGUUGACCUGAAUGUGGAGGAGGUUGCAGUAUUGGGCCAGGGAAAUGUUGCUUUGGAUGUUGCCCGCAUUCUGCUUACACCCAUCGACAGACUUAAGAACACCGACAUCACAGAACAUGCUCUGGAGGCACUGUCACGUAGCAGAGUUCGUCGUGUGAGGCUGAUUGGCCGGCGAGGUCCGUUGCAGGUGGCAUUCACCAUUAAAGAGCUACGUGAGAUGCUGGCUCUUCCAGACUGUAUCACAGUGUGUAAGCUGCAGGAUUUCGAAGCUGUCCGUCCUCUAGUGCCAGGUCUGGAGCGACCGAGACGCCGCCUCACAGAACUGCUGUGCAAAGCUGCUGACUCAUCCCCGUCAGGAGACCUCGAUGAAAGCAAAAGACAUUUCCACUUGGUAUUCUUUCGUUCACCUCUGAGCUUCUACCCCUCACCAGAUGUGCCGCACGCAGUGGGGAGCAUGAAGCUAGUUGUGAACCAGUUGGACGGGCAGCAACAGGCUGUUCCUACAGCUAUCACAGAGACCGUGCAGUGCGGACUGGUCUUACGAAGUAUUGGAUAUCGCAGCACACAGGCUGACCCUGCUUUGCCAUUUGACACGGGCAGAGGACGUGUACCCAACAUUUCUGGAGUAGUUCAUCCUGGUCUUUACGUCGCAGGAUGGCUUGCCACUGGCCCCGUCGGUGUAAUCUUGUCUACCAUGACUCAGGCGUUCGGUGUCGGGCGAGCUGUCGAAGCUGAUGUGUGCUCUGGGCGUGUGGAUGCGUCGCAGGCCAGACCGGGGCACACGGCCGUGGCUAAACUGCUGAGUGACAGAGGGGUGACAACCGUGAGCUGGAAAGACUGGGAGCGUGUCGACGCCGUGGAACGGAGCCGAGGCGAGAAGGUCGGCAAGCCACGUGAGAAGAUCGUGGACGUCCAAGAGAUGUUGGCAGUAUCAGUUGGAGCUGGUGGAACGUGACCCUCACUGUUUGCAUUAAUAUGUAUUCUUUGCCGGGUGUGUCAAAAGAACACACAAAUUGCUGGUCUCUUCGCAAGCUUCAGCUGAAGAACUUCUGGGUCGAUUUUUUGAAAUUUCGAGGAUGAUUUGCCAUUAAUGGCAACCCCAAACUUGUACUGUUUAAUUUUAUAAAAUAGGGAUUAAUAACAUGGCGGAUGCUCAUACUACUGAGGUGGGACCAACAGUAGCACCACUGACGACGGUAAUAGAUAAAAAAAACCACGCAUGACAUUUGUUAAGGUGUAUGAGAUUUGUGGUUCGCAUGGCACGGAAGAUGACGUCGUCCUUGUGGGUCGUGGUACCGUGCGGACUUGUGAGUGGAUACCGUCAAGUCUACUUGUCAUCACAACGCAGAAGAUCAUCGUCGUCAUUUCGUUUAGGUGAUUUUUCUGUAGAGUGUAAAGAAAAUAUAUGAUUUUUGAAAAUAUUGUCUCCGACUUUAAGUUUGACUGUGAUGACUAAUGAACUAUUUUACUUAGGCUCAGGAAUUUUUACGUGGAUAUAGAUCAUAAAUGUACCUAGAGAUCGCAUGAGAUAUUGAUUGUAACUAAACGGUUAGUGACGUGGUGGCAGUACAAAACUUUGAGGUUAUAUUUGACAGAUUUAACAUGGGGCAUAAGUUCUUUGUCCCCUCAAAAGUCUUGACAUAUUUUUAGUUACAAGCGGUAAUAAAAGCAUUCGUCCCGAGUCGGAUUUGAUCAUGUUACCAUCUGCGCAUGAGAACAGAGCACCAUCUUUUGAGUUACGUUACAUUACAGGUUCUGGUGUUCUGGUCGAAUUAUCGCAGCUGAAUAUAACUGAGAGUUGCGGCUUUAUUCUGUUAGAACUCGAUAAAUAACCCUUUGGAUUUUGAGUUCAUCUCGUUAAUAUUGAAAAUCGAGUCCGUAUCACGAAGGAAAUGACCCAUCGCCCUUACAAAGAUUUGCUAGUUUAUGCUGUGUAAUCUGAAAAUAAUACUAAAUCCAUAAAUGAACUCUGUUGGUGAAAUGCAGAACUACUGGAAAUUGAAGGUGGUCUUGGCCUUAAAAGGUUAAGUAUUAAUUUUGGAAGGUUAUUAUAAGAGCAGUGACUACAAACCAAAGUUCUUAAUGGACUAAACUGAAAUGCUGUCUGAACAUUGUCAGCGUGACUUUAGAAUUACGAUUAGAAUUUAUUUAUAUUCCAUAGAUCCAAUACAAGCCAAGGAUGUGGAAGAUGGUAUGAAUAUUAUGAAUGUGAAUAUUUUGUUCAAUAAAACACCAAAGAAAUGCAGAAAAUCCGUGGGCUCUGAUACGGAUUGCAGCUUUCCAGUCUUGUUGUUUAUCGUUAAUAAAAUGUCAAAUAUUCGUUGAUUAAAUUGCAUGAUUUUUAAUCUGUU